AUGCGGUGGUGCGCUAAAGCCGCGUUUGUUUCAUCUCGGGCUGCCACUGCCUUCGCUGUGCCUGCAGUCACCCAUCCGGAGAGCUGCAUCUUCGUGCCGCGCCCACAGGACUCCAAACUCGAAGGCGAGCUUCAGGGCAAGCGCCGGCCGCACUGCGAGCAACUCUCAGCGCCGCCGUUAAAGUUGCUGGUUAGAUUGGAGAACUUGCUGUGCCUCAGGCGCAAAGUGUCUCAAGCCCUGCUCACGUUCAAACAGCAAAUUUGCUGCCUGGUCUUGCCCCCGACUCGGACCUGCCCUGAAGCUUGA